CUAGCUCAAAGCAGCAGGCGGCAGGGUUUCGAAAGCAGAGCUCGUUUGGGUGCCAUCUCUCCAUACCAUUCAAAAGACAGACGCAGCGAAACAAGCUUUCAGAAUCGGAAGAGGAAGGAAGGAAGAAGGUUGAGAGAUAGCUCUUCAUGGAGAACCUUCACAUCUGUAUUAUAUAACUAGAUGUCUACAUCAGGAUUGACUUGCAGUCCCUCGAGACUUUCUUACUAUGUCAUGCCUGCACGAGGAUCGGCUUCAUUGUGCGGACGCAUUUUAGCUCCCCCAAAUAAUCAGGGUUUUAGAGAAAAGAUGAAACUUCUCUUCCGUUUGGACAGAAACCAUUGGAUGGGUUCCACGCAUAGAUAUGGAUUUCAACAAGCUCUAAAGAUCAAGAGUGCAAUAGACGCUUCAUUCAGUGAUAUGGCCGAUGAUUCAACUGCUAUCUUUCCCAGAAUGAAUGUAAGGGACCCAUACAAGCGGCUAGGAAUCAGCAGGGAGGCUUCUGAAGAAGAGAUUCAAGCAGCAAGGAACUUUUUGAUAAAUAAAUAUGGAGGGCAUAAACCGAGCCUUGAUUCAAUUGAAUCUGCACAUGACAAGAUAAUCAUGCAGAAGUUUCAUGAAAGGAAAAACCCGAAGAUCAAUAUCAGGAAAAAGGUGAGGGAGGUUACACAAUCGCGUGUUGUGCAGGCUGUCACGAGUAGGUUUGAAGCUCCGGCGACGAAUUUCAUUAUAAAGACAGCCGUUGCAUUUGCAAUACUUGGAACACUUACUGUUCUAUUUCCAACAGAGGAGGGACCGACACUUCAGGUGGCCAUUUCCCUAUUGGCUUCCAUAUAUUUCAUAUAUGAAAGGCUUAAGAACUGGAUCCGAGCUUUCUUGUAUGGGGUUGGGGCUUUCUUGGGUUCCUGGCUGUUGGGCACUUUCUUGAUGGUGUCGGUGAUUCCGCCUAUACUUCAUGGCCCAAGGAGUUUAGAAGUGAUGACUUCGCUGAUGACAUACAUACUUCUUUGGGUUUCUUCUACCUAUCUAAAGUAGUAGUGGUAGCGUGUGCUCCUUAUGCUGUCCGCAUUCCGAUUUUCCUAAGCAGGUAGAAGCGGAUAUCUUAUGAGCUGUUUUAUUCAACGUUGUUACGAUUGUGGUUCCCCAAAUAUUGCAUAGUUGCUCAUCUUUUUGCCAUUUUUGCAUGUUUGUUUCUCUAUCGAUCUGUGUUUCCUAGUGCAA